GCCAUGGCGGGGACGGCGCUCAAGCGGUUGAUGGCCGAGUACAAGCAACUGACCCUGAACCCGCCCGAAGGGAUCGUAGCAGGUCCUAUGAAUGAAGAGAACUUCUUUGAGUGGGAAGCUCUGAUUAUGGGUCCUGAAGACACCUGUUUCGAGUAUGGGGUUUUCCCUGCUAUUCUGAGCUUUCCACUCGACUACCCGCUAAGUCCUCCGAAGAUGAGGUUCACGUGCGAGAUGUUCCAUCCGAACAUUUACCCAGACGGGAGAGUUUGCAUCUCUAUUCUCCAUGCUCCUGGGGAUGAUCCCAUGGGAUAUGAGAGCAGCGCUGAGCGGUGGAGUCCCGUGCAGAGCGUGGAAAAGAUCCUCUUGUCGGUUGUUAGCAUGCUGGCAGAGCCAAAUGAUGAAAGCGGAGCCAAUGUAGACGCCUCCAAGAUGUGGCGGGAAGACAGAGAACAAUUUAACAAAAUUGCCAAGCAGAUUGUGCAGAAGUCACUUGGACUUUAAGCUCGCAAAGAGACUGAAGUGUUUUGUAUUUCUCUCCACCUGAAAACGAGCAGUGCUCAGUGCUGGUACCAAAAAGGAAAAAUUUGCAAAACUAUUGGCCUAGUUCUUCUUAUCAUUCGUUAUUUAUUUACCAUCUCUUUUCUUCUUCCACUGCUCCAGAGAAGCCUCUAGUUCACUCACUAAAUCGUGUGGAAAAGGGAUUUAAUACUAGGGGAAAAUACGGAGACAAUGCUCUUUCAAAGGCUGCUUGUUGCUACCUCACUUCAUGGUAUGGAAAGCUUGGAGACUGCAAUCUGCAGCCCAACUUCGUCAAUCUGCUGUUCGAGAACAGAGCUGGUUUGGAUCACCUGCUGGAAGAAUUAGUUGUAUGUUUUUAUAGGUAGCGUUGCACCUGGAGCACCAGUAGGCAGGAAAUAAUCUAUCGAUUUCAUGAUAAUCGCUAAGUCAAGGGCAGCAUUUGCAGUCAGAAGUGAUUUGAAGAGUAUAGUUAGCAAGAGAGGCUAUAAAAGAGGGUUAUAGUCAGGAUACGUUAGCAAAGAAAGGGAUUGUGCAGCAUGUAACUUUAAGAGACGAUCUAAGGAGUUGUUGUCAGUGACUGGCUGGGGGUCUAGAAUGGGCUGAUGUUCCCAUGUAACGCUGUGAGUUUGUCUGGAGCCUUUGAGUCAGUGUUUGCUUGGAAGAAAUCCUGAGAGCUACUUCAUUACUCCUUAAAGACACUCAGUCGUAAACUUUACAUUCAGUUAGAGGUGCAAGAUGUAAAGACUGGAUUCUUAAACGCUUUGGUCAGGUUCACCAUGGGCGAGGUAGGUUAUUGGCAGCCUGAAAAUCCAGUGAGAAUGCGUCUGCUCUGCUGGACAUGUAAAAUAUCUCUCCAAUAACGUCAGCUCCUCUUCUGUUGACGUUUGAGUGUUGAGAGGAUUAUUCGGGUGUUGAGACGAUUAGGCGCUGCUGGCCUUUGCCGUUAUAGCCCAGGUCUCCCGUUUUUUCAGGUGAACGAGCGAAGAUGAACGUGAUGCAUUUUGUAAAAUUAACUGUAACACUUCUUUAUGCGGACUGCUUUUGUGUAUUUAAAUCUGAGUCAGAGAAGACACCGACCGUGUUUUCCAGAGGAUGGUACGACGCAUGUUUAGAACUGCAGAGUAUUGCAGCCGACCGCUGGUGUGGAGGGUGCGGGACAUACCAGCUGCAAUGAUCAGUUUGUAAAACUGCUUAGGGGCCACUGGUGAGCUUUGUGCUUUGCAAGCGCACCUCUUGUGUAGGUCCAAAUCUUUUCCAAUUUACUACAAGCAAUAACAUGCCCAUUGAUAGCACAUGGAAUCAAAUUUUGUUGGCAGCUUUAAACGGGCUAAAUUUGAGAAGGGCUCUUUUUUUUUUUUCUGUGAAAAGCGUGUGACACGGAAGGAGUCGCACGGUGGAGAAAGCUUUAUGGAGGUGAUUGUGUGCAUGCGCGCGUGUACAACUCGUCAGUAUUUAAGUCUUGCUGUCCGUGCUGCAUAAUCACGUGUUGCAGAUCGCAGUAUGCCAUCGUUCUGCACUUCUGAAGAGUUUAUAUUGCUACAACUUGCUGAUUUUUACCUCCUUGUAGAAGUAAUUCUUCUUGCUUUGGUGUAAGGGUGGGAGGGGGACCUGUCAUAGUUUGGGGGCAGAGAUGAUGAAAUAGUGUUGUACCUAACUAGUAUUUCAGGGUAUACAGGAAAAUGUAGCACUUGUAUGCGAACUGGGAGCGUUUUUUGAAUUGUAGUAGAUGGAGCGUUGCUCCUGGGAGCACUGCAGCCGCUUUUGGAAACAAUGCUGGAGAGCUGUGAGCGCCCCAUGGCAAACGAUGGAUUCAGCAGACGUGGUAAAAGCAGGCUUUUUUUCAAGUGCGGAGUAUUUUAUUCAUGUGUGCUCACUUAUUGUCUUUAUUUCAUGGUGGGAUUUAGUUUGUAUACUGAAAAUAAAGUGAUUAUAUUUUCUCCUUUCAUAGAUGUAUGCACAUGUAUUGCAGUGGGUGUUUUAUAUGGGUAACGAACUGCUCAAGAGAGUCUAAUUCUGGCUUGGUCCAAAGGAGUGGAAGAGUUUAUUCUAACUCAGUUAAGGCGCAGGGGAUGCUUUAGAGGAGUGGAAGAGUUGAUAUACUUGCUUGGGCUUUCCAGGCAAGUGUCUUGUCUCUAAUGAUGCCAAUGACUUGAUAAUUCAAAGAAAACU